AGAAUCAGAAAUGAGUCAAAGACUCGAAGCUCAAUAUUCUCAAUACUCUGCAUUAUCUAGUUCAAAGCAAAAUAGCAUGACAAAUGGAUUUGAGUUUUAUGAUGGGAAAAGAAAAUGGUAUGGAGUUAAAGAAGAUUUUUGUGUAUUACAUAACAAAUAUCAUUUUAUUAAAGCAAAUAAUGGAGAAACAAUUAUAGAAGUAUACAAAAGAAUUAAUGAUGA